AUGGCAGACGAUCCCCUCCUCGCGCUCCAAGACCCCGACUACAAUUCCGCAUCGGACGAAGAAUUCGACCCCAACGCCGCAGGAGAAGACAUCGCCGCCGACGACGACGACGCCUCCUCCAUCUCCAGCUCCGACAACGAAGGAGGCCCGAAGAAAAGCGCGAAGCCCGCCAACAAGAGCCGCAAGCGCAAGCGCAGUGCCGACGACGACGAUGCCGAGCUCGAUUCAGGCGACGAGGCCACCAUUGCAACCGCACGGCGGCGGCAGCAGCAGCAGCAGCAACGUGGCAGCAACAAGAAGCAGCGGCAGGAUGAAGGCGGCGACGACGAUGUGGACCUUUUGAGCGACGGCGGCGGUGAAGGAGGCCUGGUCAAGACGCGCGCGCAGCGGCGGACGGAGCAGAAGGAACGGAGGCCGCUGGCGCGCGUGGACGGCGCGACGGCGGAUGUGGAUGCGAUCUGGGCGGCGUUGAGCACGGCGCCGGUGGGGAAGAAAGACGCUGGGGGGGCGGGGGGAGAUGAGGAGGUGGGGGAGGAUGGAAUCGCGGACGGGAAGAAGGAGGGGUUGGGGACGCAGGAUGCCGUUCCUGCGGAGGAGACCGAAGAGGAGAUGAUCACGAUAAAGCGGACGUACGACUUUGCUGGGGACCGCAUAACAGAGGAGCGCCAGGUGCCGAAGUCGUCGGCCGAGGCGAAGCUCUACCUUGCUCAUCAGCAGGGAAAGCCGGAUAAGCAGCAGUCUUCCGCAACGCCUGAUGUGGACAGCAAGGACAAGGAUGCUGCAGGGGGUGAAGAAGCGCAGGAGGCGGCCAGGCCGGGUGUACGUCGACCGCUCCACCGCCCCUCACGUUUCGACCCGAAUCCUACCGCCGAAGUGAAGGGACUCUCGCCGGAAAAGCAGCUUACCUGGGCGCGCCGUCGCAUCUUGCUUGAUCCCAACGCUGCCACGCCUCUUUCUACCUCUACCGCACUCAAUACCACUGCAGACGCUCAAGCUGCGAAUGCGGCAGCAAUCGCGGCAAAGAAGGGCAGGGACAAGGCACAGAAGCUCAAUACGGUGGAUAAGAGCAGGCUGGAUUGGGCGGGCUACGUCGACAAAGAGGGCAUCGCGGACGAACUGGACGAGUACGGUCGUGCUAAGGAGGGUUACCUUGGUCGCAUGGAUUUCUUGAACCGGGUAGACGAGAGAAGGGAAGAGGAGCGGAGGGCUGCAAAGGCAGCAUUGAAGACGUAG